AUGCCUUUAUUGAAGGAUGUAGCUACUGUAGCUUUUUGUGAUGCCCAGUCAAUUAAUGAUAUUCAUGAGAAGGUAUUAAAUGAAGCUACAGUUGCUCUUCUUUACCAGUCUAUUAGUUUAGGACGUGAAGAAUUUAACAAAUUUAAAUCAUUAAAAGCGGUAAUUAGAAUUGGUCCAGGCUAUAAUAAUAUUGAUAUUAAUGCUGCUACAGAAUUGGGAAUAGCUAUAUGCCAUACACCUGUUGAAUGUGUAGAAGAAAAUGCAGAUUCAGCUAUUUCAUUAAUUCUUAAUUUAUUUCGAAAAAUAUUUUCUCUUUGUAAUUUUCUUCAAAACGGGAAAAAAACAAUAAAUAGUAUUGACCAAAUAAGUGAAUUAAUGAGUGGAUCUCAAAGAAUUAGAGGAAGUACUUUAGGAAUUGUUGGGAUGGGAAGUGUGGGAAUUGCUGUUGCUCUUCGUGCCAAAUCCUUUGGUUUUCGAGUGCUUUUUUAUGAUAAUAAUUUGGCUUUGGGUAAAUUAAUUUUUUAG